AUGUCGUUAGCAUUCAGAUUCGGGGCUAUUGCCAUAGCUCACGAGUCACUCCUUAAUAUUAUCCCACGUCUUCCAGCUAUAAGCAUCAGAAUCGGGGAAACUGUCUCUGAGGCCCCAGCAUCGGAAAUUGAUCCUCGUUUAGAAGAACUUGCUGAACAUUUACACAAUAAUGACGGAGAACCACCAUUCAUGAUUGAUAACGGAAUCUUGCGUGCUGUUCCUAAGAAGAAGAUGUCAUACCGUCGUCAUAGAACUAAAUUAUAUGCUCCUGGAAACAAACAAGUGCAACCAUUACACAAUAUUGUCAGAUGUUCUGCCUGUGGUAGAGUCAAGAGAUCACAUUUCAUGUGCAUGUACUGUUUUGCUGAGAUCAGAACUUUCUUAAAGGGAUUAAAAAGAGAAAAUGGAAUCAUUAAAGAUGCUGUAGAUCCCCAAGCUGAUAUAGACCCAACUGAUGCCAGAAUCUUGUAUCCUGGCAAGAAUAUCAGUGCCCAUGAACAUCAGUUGAAAAAGAAGGAUUAUGUUCCAAAGAGAGAAGAACCUUUGAUGUUUGAUAAGGAGAAAUUAAUGCGUGAAAAGAAAAAGUGGUAUAAUUAG